UACUCAGUAAUGUAUAUCCCAGCUCCCCUGUACUCCAUUAUAGUGAUAGGACAUGUUGUAUACAGUACUUACUGUCCCCCCGAGUCCCCCCGCGGCGGUGGAGAGGGUGUCUCCUCUCAGCGGAGAAGAGCGGACGUCUCCUGAACUUGUCCCCUUGGCGGCGGUGCCGCAGAAGCCGGAAACCGGAACUCGGCUUCACAAUGAGGCUUGGAGCGCAGGUGCACCGCUCGCCACAAAGGAAUUUCUCCUUGCAUUUGGCGAGUGGCUUUUUUCAAGCCCUGGCGUA